AUGGGCGCCGAAGUCCAGAAGGUCGCGCCCCCCGGCGUCAUCGGGGGCGACUUCGGCGAAGGCCCCGAGAAGCUGAGCGAGGUACUCGCAGACGGCCCCGUCUCACCGCGCGCGCCUGUCGCGCUCGAGCUGUCGGGGGUUGACCUGGACAUGGCGGAUGCGUUCAGAUCGUGCUCGACCUUGCUCCGCGCGCGCGCGGCAACUUGCCUGGUCACACUUUGCGGCUCGCAGGCGCCAGCGGUCAGCUCGGCGCCGAGAAACCGCGGGGAUAGGAGCGCGUCGGGCUCGCAGUUUUAUCCGAGGGGCGCCCGGGCCAGUCCGAGCGCGCGAGCCAGGCCCGCCGUCGCGGGCGCCGAUCGGAACGGCGAGUCUGAUCUGAAGUUCGGCAGGCGCGUUGAGGCACGCCGAGAAGAUUCAGAAGAUGUGAAUUCGGAUGGCGGGAAAGAUGCUGCCAGCGAUGACUGCGCGGACUGGCUGGCCAGCUACGGCGCCCGCGCCCAUGAGUUUGACCAGCGCGCUGGCCAUGUCAAGAUACAUUAUGACGGGUUUGACAACUCCAGCGACGAGUGGUUGCCAAAGGACUCCACGCGCAUCGUGGCCGACUUCCAGGUGCCAGGCGUUGGGCACGGUCCCCAGCCCAUGCAGGCACAGCCACCAGGUGGGACAACUUUGCAGGCACAGCUGCCGAUGCAGCAGCCUCAGAGCAAGGAGCUCGCCGUGGGUGCCAGGCUGACUGUGCUGAGCCCCUCUGGCGUGCGCCAAGAGUGUACGGUCGUGCAGGUCGACCUGGAUCAGGCGAAGGUCCACUAUGAAGGCUUCGACAGUUCACACGACGAGUGGCUUCCAAUGAGUUCAAGUCGCAUCGUGGCCAGACAGCCAACACAGCAGCCGGCCCAUGGUCCUCAAACACGGCAAGGGCAGCAGCAGGCGCCGGGGGCAGACUUGGCUGUCGGCGCCAAGGUCACCGUGCUGAGCCGGACAGGGAUGAGGCGCGAGUGCACGGUAGUCCAAGCGAAUCCAGACAAUUUGAAGGUUCAUUAUGAAGGCUUCGACAGCUCGCGCGACGAAUGGCUGCCGAGGACCUCCAAUCGUAUCGUGAAUGAUCAGCAGCAGCCUGCCCAACCAGUGCAAGCUCAGCCACCAGCAGGAGCGAGUCCGCAGGGACAGCAACAGCCGAUGCAGCAGCCUCAGAGCAUGGAGCUUGCUGCGGGUGCCAAACUGACUGUGCUGAGCUCUUCUGGCGUACGCCGAGAGUGCACCGUUGUGCAGGGGUCGUCGGACUUGGAUCAGGCGAAGGUCCACUACGAGGGCUUCGACAGCUCCCACGACGAGUGGCUUCCGAUGAGUUCAGACCGCAUCGUGGCCCGACAGCCGCCGCAGCAACAGCCGCACCAGGGUCCGCAAGCACUGCAAGGGCAGCAGCAGCCUCAGCAGCAGCAGGCGCCAGGGGCAGACCUGGCAGUCGGGGCCAAGGUCACCGUGCUGAGCCAGACAGGAAUGAGGCGCGAGUGCACGGUGGUUCAAGUACACAUGGACCAGGUAAAAGUGCACUACGAGGGCUUCGACAGCUCGCGCGACGAGUGGUUGCCGAAGACCUCCAAUCGCAUCGUGAACAAUCAGCAACAGCAGUCUUCACAACCGGUGCAAGCUCAGCCACCAGCAGGGGGGAGUCCGCAAGGACACCAGCAGCCGAUGCAGCAGUCUCAGAGCAUGGAGCUCGCCGUGGGUACCAAGCUGACUGUGCUGAGCCCAUCUGGCGUGCAACGUGAGUGCGCGGUUGUGCAGGUCGACUUGGAUCAGGCGAAGGUCCACUACGAGGGCUUCGACAGCUCCCGCGACGAGUGGCUUCCGAUGAAUUCAAAUCGCAUCGUGGCCAGACAGCCGCCGCAGCAACAGCCGCACCAGGGUCCGCAAGCACUGCAAGGGCAGCAGCAGCCUCAGCAGCAGCAGGCGCCAGGGGCAGACCUGGCAGUCGGGGCCAAGGUCACCGUGCUGAGCCAGACAGGGAUGAGGCGCGAGUGCACGGUGGUUCAAGUACACAUGGACCAGGUAAAAGUGCACUACGAGGGCUUCGACAGCUCGCGCGACGAGUGGCUGCCGAAGACCUCCAAUCGCAUCGUGAACAAUCAGCAACAGCAGUCUUCACAACCGGUGCAAGCUCAGCCACCAGCAGGGGGGAGUCCGCAAGGACACCAGCAGCCGAUGCAGCAGUCUCAGAGCAUGGAGCUCGCCGUGGGUACCAAGCUGACUGUGCUGAGCCCAUCUGGCGUGCAACGUGAGUGCACGGUUGUGCAGGUCGACUUGGAUCAGGCGAAGGUCCACUACGAGGGCUUCGACAGCUCCCGCGACGAGUGGCUUCCGAUGAGUUCAGACCGCAUCGUGGCCCGACAGCCUCGCCGCAGCAACAGCCGCACCAAGGUCCGCUAG